UAUCCUCUCAGCUGGGGAAAUUCAGAAAGGCUCUCAGCAUUGCAGGAGGAAGUAACAGAGAAGUGAAGAGAUCUUCUAUCCACAUUGAGUGUCAGAAGCAGACAGGAGACAACCCUGAAGAAUGGCCCCAGAGACCUGCAUGCCAGAACCCAUGUGCCUCAUUGAGAAUGUAAAAGGACAACUGAGAGCCAAUCAGAAGGCCCUGGAGAUCCUGUCGGCCAUCACACAGCCUGUGGUCGUGGUGGCGAUCGUGGGCCUCUACCGCACAGGCAAAUCCUACCUGAUGAACAGGCUGGCUGGGAAGAGAACAGGCUUCUCUCUGGGCUCCACUGUGCAGUCUCACACCAAGGGCAUCUGGAUGUGGUGUGUGCCUCAUCCCAGGAAGGCAGGCCGUACCCUAGUUCUGCUUGACACCGAGGGCCUAGGAGAUGUGGAGAAAGGUGACAACCAGAAUGACUGCUGGAUCUUUGCCCUGGCUAUUCUUCUAAGCAGCACCUUUGUCUACAACAGCAUGGGAGCCAUCAACCAGCAGGCCAUGGACCAACUGCAAUAUGUGACAGAGCUGACAGAUCGGAUCAGAACAACAUCCUCACCUCAUAGCAAUGGAGUUGAGUCUUCAGCUGAGUUUGUGAGCUUCUUCCCUGACUUUGUGUGGACUCUAAGAGAUAUGACUGUAAAGCUGGAAGCAGAUGGACAAAUGCUCACAGCAGAUGAGUACCUGGAGAAUUCCCUAAAGCUUAAGCAAGGUACCAGUGAGGAAGAUAAAAAGUACAACCUACCGCGACUCUGUAUUCGAAAGUUCUUCCCCAGGAAGAAAUGCUUUGUCUUUUAUCCGCCCACUGAGUGGAAGAAGCUCUCUGAGCUGGAGAGCCUGCAAGAGAAGGAGUUAGAUCCUGAAUUUUUGCAACAGGCAGCUGACUUCUGUUCCUUCAUCUUCAGCUCUUCUAAGACUAAAACACUCUCAGGAGGCAUCAAAGUCAAUGGAGCUCGACUAGAGAAACUGGUGAUCACAUAUAUCAGUGCCAUCAGCAGCGGGGAUCUCCCCUGCAUGGAGAAUGCAGUCCUGGCUUUGGCUCAAAUAGAGAACUCGGCAGCAGUGCAAAAGGCCAUCAGCCACUAUGACCAACAGAUGAGUCAGAGGGUGCAGCUGCCCACAGAGACCCUCCAGGAGCUGCUGGACCUGCACAGGACCUGUGAGAGAGAGGCCAUAGAAAUCUUCUUCAGAAGUUCCUUCAAAGAUGAAGACCAUUCAUUUAGAAAAGAUUUAUUGGCCCAGCUAGAAAAGAAGUGGACUGGCAUCUGUAAUGAGAACAUCAACGUUUCAUCAGCUCGUUGCUCAGAGUUACUUCGGGACAUCUUCAGCCCACUAGAAGAAGCAGUGACAAAGGGCACCUAUUCUCAGCCAGGAGGAUAUCUUCUCUUUGUUUGGAAGAGAGAGGAACUGAAGAAAAAGUAUCUUCAGGAACCCAAGAAGGGGAUACAGGCUGAAAAGAUUCUGCAGGAAUAUUUGCAGUCCAAUGCAACCAUGGCUGAGGCACUUCUACAAAGAGACCAGGCUCUCACAGUAAAGCAAAAGGAGAUCGAAGCGGAACGAGCGAAAGUUGACUCUGCACAGGCUACUGUAAAAAUGUUGGAGGAAAUGGAAAAGCAGCAUGAACAGAUGAUGAAGGAGAAAGAGAGGUAUCACCAGGAGCGAGUGAAGCAGUUGACUGAGGAGAUGGAGAGGGAGAGAGCUCAGUUAGUGGAGGAGCAAGAGAGGAUUCUGACCCUUAAACUGCAGGAACAGGAACGACUGCUCAAAGAGGGGUUGAAAGAAGAGAGUAUAAAGCUGCAGAAUGAGAUUCAGCUUAUGGAGAAAAGAAACAGGGAAAAAGAAGCUGAGUCUGCCAAGGCUGCCGUGAAAAUGUUGGAGGAUAUGUACCCUAUGGAUGAGAACAAAACGGCACAGAGAGGAGAAAGUCAUCAGGAACAAGGGAAGCAAUUACCUGAGGAGAAGAAAGUGUCUCCUGAAUGCCAGGUUGCCAUAGCACUGGGAACUAUGAAGGCCCCCAUAUGUCUGGUAGAAAAUAAGAACAAGCAGCUGUUGGUGAAUCCAAAAGCCAUCCAUAUUCUUAACAAUAUUUCUCAGCCUGUGGUCGUGGUGGCCAUUGUGGGGAUGUACCGCACAGGAAAAUCCUACCUGAUGAACUGCCUGGCUGGUCAGAACCAUGGCUUCCCUCUGGGAUCCACAGUACAGUCUCAAACCAAGGGCAUCUGGAUGUGGUGUGUGCCUCACCCAACAAAGCCAAAUCACACCCUGAUCCUUCUAGACACUGAGGGUCUUGGUGAUGUAGAAAAGGGUGACCCUAGGAAUGAUGCCUGGAUCUUCGCCCUGGCCGUGCUUCUGAGCAGCACUUUUGUUUACAAUAACAUGAGUACCAUCAACAACGAUGCCCUGGAGAAGCUGCAUUAUGUGACAAAACUCACAGAGCUCAUCAGAGCAAAGUCCUCCCCAAGAUCUGAUGGGAUAGAAGAUGCUGGAGAGUUCAUAGGCUUCUUUCCAGACUUUAUCUGGACUGUCCGGGACUUCACUCUGGAGCUGAAGUUGGAUGGCCACUGCAUCACAGAAGAUCAGUACCUGGAGAAUGCCUUGAAGCUGGUUCCAGGGCAGGAUCCCCGAACGGAGACAUCCAACUGGCCCAGGGAAUGCAUCAGGAAGUUCUUCCCCAGGAGGAAGUGUUUUGUCUUUGACUGGCCAGUGAGUGACCCACAACUCUUAGCCAAGAUUGAGAGUAUCCCAGAAAGCCAACUGAACCCUAAAUUUCAGGAGCAACUGAAGGCCUUUAGUUCUCAUAUCUUCACCCAUGCAACUGGCAAGAGACUUGGAGAGGGGAUCCUGGUCACUGGGAGUCGACUGGGGAAUCUAGUGCAGACCUACGUGGAUGCCAUCAACACUGGGACAGUACCUUGCUUGGAGAAUGCAGUAAAAACACUGGCCCAAUGUGAGAAUUCCACAGCAGUGCAGAAGGCAGCUGAGCACUACAGUGAGCAGAUGGCCCAUCGAGUGAGGCUCCCCACAGCCACGCUCCAGGAGCUGCUGGAUGAGCAUGCAGCCUGUGAGAAGGAAGCCAUAGCUGUCUUCAUGGAGCACUCCUUCAAGGAUGAUGAGCGGGAGUUCCAGAAGAGGCUGGUGGUCACCAUACAGGAACGGAAGGAAACUCUCAUGCAACAGAAUGAAGCAGCCUCUCUCAGUUACUGCCAGGCUGAGCUGGACAAGCUCUCAGAGUCACUGAGGGAGAGCAUCUCAUGUGGAGCUUUCUCUGUUCCCGGAGGCCACAGUCUCUACUUAGAGGCCAGGAAGAAGGUUGAGCAGGACUAUGGGCGAGUGCCCAGGAAGGGAGUGAAGGUGAGGGAUGACAGCAGGUAUGCUGAACUGGCCAAGAAAGAGGCAGCUGAAAAGGAACUGGAGAUAAUGAGGCAGCAGCAGAAGAGGCAAGAGCAAGAGAUUGAGGCCCAAAUGAAAAGCUUUACAGAAAACAUGGCCCAGCUGCAGAAGAAAAUGGAGAUGGAAAGGGAGAAUCUUCUGAGAGAUCAGGAGAGGGUUCUGGACCACAAGCUGAAGUUUGAUGCCGAGGAAACGAUUUUCAAGCCUGUUGGGUCCUGA